GAACUGAAAAACUCUGCCUGCUGCCUGCAUGUGGCAAUGCCGCCUUGUGACUUUGUGCCUGACAAAUAUGAGUCUUAUCCCUACGAGGACAUGCUGAAGAUCCGCAAACAGAAUGUUUCCCCGUCCCUCACCCCCUAUUACAAGAAACCGUUGCUGCUACACCAGGGGCGUAUGCAGUGGCUGUUCGACCACGAAGGUCGUAGGUAUCUCGAUCUCUUUGCCGGGAUCGCCACUGCUGGUGUCGGUCAUUGCCACCCAAAAGUAACAGCAGCUGCCCAGAAACAGCUGGGUCGCUUGUGGCACACGUCUAGCGUCUACAUGCACCCAGCAGUUCAGGAAUACACCAAGAAACUGACUUCGCUGCUUCCAGAUCCCUUAAAGGUGAUUUACCUAACCAAUAGUGGUUCCGAAGCCAAUGACCUGGCAAUGAUUAUGGCAAGGCUUUAUACAGGCAGCUUUGACAUCAUUUCUUUCAGAGGAGGAUACCAUGGGAACAGUCCUUACACUAUGGGUUUGACAUCCAUUGGAAAUUACAAGCAUGGCCUUCCUAACGGCAUUGGCUGCCAAACAACAAUGUUACCAGACGUUUUUAGAGGCCCCUGGGGUGGAAGCCGAUGCCGAGAUUCUCCAGUACAAACAAUUCGGAAAUGCAGCUGUUCCCCAGGCUCUUGCCAGGCAAAGGACCGUUACAUCGAGCAGUUCAAAGACACGCUGGCCACUUGUGUGCCAAAGAAAAUUGCUGGAUUUUUUGCAGAGCCAAUUCAAGGUGUCAAUGGCACAGUUCAGUAUCCCAUGGGAUUCCUAAAGGAGGCUUUUGAGAUAGUUCAUGAAAGGGGAGGAAUAUGCAUUUCAGAUGAAGUUCAGACGGGGCUUGGUCGCACAGGCAGCCAUUUCUGGGGGUUCGAAGGACACGGUGUGGAGCCUGACAUUGUGACCCUGGCCAAAGGAAUUGGUAACGGCUUCCCCAUGGCAGCAGUCAUCACUACUGCAGAGAUUGCAGCUUCCGUGACUCAGGGCUUGUCCUUUAACACAUUUGGAGGAAACCCCAUGGCCUGUGUUGUUGGAUCUGCAGUUCUGGAUGCGAUAGUGGAAGACGGCUUGCAGAAGAACUGUGAGGCUGUUGGGACGCACCUGCUGCUGGAGUUCGCCAAGCUCCGGGAUGAGUUUGAAAUCGUUGGAGACGUUCGUGGCAAAGGUCUUAUGAUAGGGAUCGAGAUGGUGAAGGAUAAGGACAGUCGCCAGCCCCUUCCAACUGAGGAGGUGAACGAGAUCUUUGAAGACUGCAAAGACAUGGGGGUGCUACUUGGGAAGGGAGGACUUCAUUUUCAGACGUUCAGAAUUAAACCACCCAUGUGCAUCACCAAGGAAGACGCUGACUUUGCAGUGGAGGUUUUCCACACGGCUUUAGCCAGACAUAAGGAGAGAAUGGCAACGGCAAAGUAG